AUGGAACAAGUUAAAGCCAGCAGAGAGAUGGCUGAUGCAGAGCCGGGAACGCCUAGAUCACCUGGCGAGCCUGAGUAUACUUCACAAGCAUUCCGUGCAUUGCUGACAGAGCUUGAGGCCUUGCACUUGGAAGAGACCAGAAAGCUUCGAGCUGAAGUUUCGGCUUUGUGCAGAAUCAAUGCCCUGCAGCCUUUUCCUCGCAUGUCGCCGCCGGUUUAUCCCAUCCAGCGACAGGACUCUCGUGCCGUGCUCGAGAUGCCGGGAGGUCUUGUCAGGGAGUCUUGCACCAUGGUUGACAACGACGAAGAGAAGCCUGGCCAGGAGGCGAAGCAAGAAGACGCGGCAGUUCCAGACGAGAAGCGGCGCAACUCACACACUUCCCACACUAGCUCACAGCCCAGGCAGGAAGCCAAGCUCAAGAAGGGAUUUUCGGCCGCAAGCUUCGCCAACUCGUUACUGUCUCUUGCAUCUCUUCACUCGAGCCAGAAGGCCUUAGAACUGGGCGAAGACUCCGAGCUAGUGGAGGUGAGGACCAGGGAGGAAGACAAGGCUUUCUAUGAGCGCUUCUCCAAUGUCUUUAUGGGAAACUCCUUUGAGAUGGGGAUUGCCGUGUUGCUUUUGUUCAACCUCCUUCUUAUGGCUGCGCAGCUGCAGUAUCACGGUUUACAUAUUGGCUACACGAUCAAGUAUCCUUCGUACCUUCAACCUGCACACGUUUACUGGCCGAAUGUGGAGACGUUCUUCUGGGUCGGGGAUGUGACCUUUGCGGUGAUUUUCACAUUAGAGAUGUUGAUCCGCCUCUUCUGGAUACGCUGGUUUGCUUUCUUCAAGCACUGGCUCAAUUGGAUAGAUUUUAUUGUUGUUUGUAGCUCAUGGGCUGAGCUAUUCGCAGCCGCACUGCCGAUCAGUCCUACGUUUUUGCGCAUGCUGCGCUUGGGGAAGCUCCUGAGAGCCCUGCGCGUUGUGAAGAUGUCGCAGGUCCUUGAAUCCCUGCAGCUACUGCUGAAAUGCAUUGCGGCUAGUGUUCGCAUCCUCUUUUGGUCCUUGGUCCUCCUGAUGCUUAUCCAAUGCAGCGCUGGGAUGACAAUUUCGUACAUGGUCAGUGAGUUCAUGGUUGAUCCUGAUGUGGAUGAGGUGAAAAAGUUUGAGGUAUUCCGGUACUACGGGACCUUCUCUAAAACGCUGCUUACGAUGUUUGAAGUGCUCUUUGCGAACUGGGCACCAGCAUGUAGAGUGCUGAUGGACAACGUCAGCGAAUGGUAUUCCACAGUGUUUAUCAUCUACCGGUGCUUCGUGGGCUUUGCAGUUCUGAACGUGGUGAACGCGGUCUUCGUGCAGAGCACAAUGAAGGUAGCUCAGGCUGAUGAUGAUUUCUUGGCUGCUGAGAAGCAGAAGGCUCAAGAUACCUACCGCCGCAGGUUGACAAACCUUUUCAAGCAAGUCGAUGCUUCUGGCGAUGGCAAAAUUGACAUAGAAGAGUUCGCGAAUCUCCUGGAGAAUCCUCGACUUCAGGUUUGGCUUGGGCAGCUUGAGAUUGAGACCACAGAUCUUGUGGGCCUCUUUCAAAUGUUGGAUGAUGGUGACGGUGAGAUUUCGUUAGAGGAGUUUGAGGGUGGUAUCAUGCGCAUGAAAGGGUAUGCGCGCAGCUUCGACCUCAACAAGAUUGAUCGUCAGAUGCAGAAGAUGCAUGCAAAGGUCGACUUGCUCCUGGGGUCCUCCAACAUCAAUGGAGCAAACGUUAAGCUCCCCAAAAAGGUGGAGCAAGUGAAGCGGGACAACCAGUACUACAAAGCUGUGAACCGCGAGCUGAAGAAGAGAUUGCGCUCACUGCUCGAACAGCGCUGGGAG